AUGGCCAACCCGCCGCAGCCUCCGUCCCUGUUCCGCAACCCGUGGGCGAGAGCUGACGCAUGGAGGAAGCACCCGGUGUUCCAGCAGCGGAACAUGCUCAGCAGGAUGUUCCCUGGUUUUGGGAUAGCGGUCGUUGCAUUCACUAGCUACGUUGUUGCCGAGAAGCUUUUCUUCCCUGAAGAAAGCCACCACCAUUAA